UCGAAACAUAGGACUCCCUCAAUGUUUUUCGAAAACUUUCACAUGCCUCAGAAGAGUUUUAACACUAUUUUUGGAAUGGUGGAGCAGUACCUUAUACCGAAACGGAACACUCGCCCAGAUGCUAUACCAAUAAAAGCCAAGUUGGCCAUCGUUUUAGAAUUUCUUGCCUCUGGAGACCUGCAACGCCACAUUGGAUCAACUUAUCGGAUCAGUAAGCAACAUUUUGGAGUGAUUCUCCUCCAGGUGCCUAUUGCCAUUUGGACUGCUUUGCGGGAUGAAUUCCCCAAGUGGACGACGGGGAAUAUGCUGAUGUGGGUUAAAGACUUCGAAGACGAAUGGAACUUUCCUAAUUGUAUUGGAGCAGUCGACGGAAAGCAUGUGGCGAUAAAAGGCCCGCCAAAUAGCGGAAGCCUUUUUUACAAUUAUAAGGGCUUUCAUUCGAUUGUGCUUAUGGCAAUCUGCAACGCUCACUAUCGCUUCACCUACAUUGAUGUGGGGGCUUUUGGUAGCGAAGGAGACAUGAAUGCCUUCUCCCACAGCGCUCUUGGCAAACAGUUGCUCUUAGACCAGCUGCCCUUUCCGGAGGACAAUGUUAUAAACGGCCAUCGAACCCCUUAUUACAUUGUUGGUAAUGAUGCAUUCCCCCUUCAUAAGCGCAUCAUGAAGCCGUAUAGUGGCAAGGAUCUGCAUAGGGAGGAGCGGAUUUUUAACUACAGGCUAAGUCGGGCUCGUCGUUGCAUUGAGAACGCAUUUGGGAUUCUCAGCGCUAGGUGGAUGGCUGUACAACGAACUUUGUUAAGCAAUCCAUGCAAAGCUCAAAAAAUCAUUGUAGCCUGUUGUGCCUUGCAUAAUUUUUUGAUGCGGGAGAGUCCAGCAACUUACUCGAUGCAGGAGAUACCAAGCACUGUCCUGACCGACUUGCGGCCCUGCCGACGAGGUCGCCCACAAGACUUCAGUAAGGAGGUUCGAAACAACCUUAUAGAAUAUUUAAACGGAAGUGCUGGAAGUGUACCUUGGCAAGACGAGUCUGCCGGUGUGCAAAGAAAUUAA